GCCGAUGUACAAGUGCAGGAGUGGCGCAUGUGGCGUGCUGCAAACAUACAGCCUCGUUACCGAGUUUCCCCUUUUCAGUGUUUGUUAGAACAUGUUGAAAAACUAGAACCAAAGAGGGAAAGUUGAAACAGGAAGCAUCCUCUGCACACCCCUUCACUCCUUAGUUUUCAGUGUCCCCCGAUCCCUGUGCUGGGAGUCCAGGGCCGGGCUCCCGGGAGGAGAGACCCUGGGGGGGCGGGCGUGUGAAAGGCUGCCACCGCUCACACAAACACCGCCGCUCGCUGUCAGCUGGCGCAGGCAGGAAUGGAAACUUUCGCCACCAACAGCCUUUGCGAGCAACUUCCCUCUCUGUGGUUUUUCUCUGUCAUUCCCUUGAUAAAAGAAUGAGAGCUGCGCAAAUGUAACCAACACUCGCCAAUCUGCGCAAACGUAACCAACACUCGCCAAUCUCAUCUUCCCCUGAAAACACCCGCCUUUCAAGGAGCGAGCCGCCUGAAAAAAUGAUGCACGAUGUACUCUAAACUAGGUCAGUCUCCACCCAGAGGGCUCGGCGCGUGGUUGACUUGCUGUGUGUAUCCCCUGUGCCGUAGGCUUCGAGCGACUUCGACAGCCCAGGGAGAGAGAGAAAUGGGAAACAGCAUGAGAUCCACCCCGGCCCCUCCCGAGAGGCCUCUGCCCAACCCGGAUGGACUGGACAGCGACUUCCUGGCGGUGCUGUGUGACUACCCAUCUCCUGACAUCAGCCCCCCGAUAUUCCGCCGAGGGGAGAAACUGCGCGUGAUUUCUGACGAGGGGGGAUGGUGGAAAGCCAUUUCCCUUAGCACCGGUCGAGAGAACUAUAUUCCUGGAAUAUGCGUGGCCCGAGUUUACCAUGGCUGGCUUUUUGAAGGACUGGGCAGAGACAAGGCCGAAGAGUUGCUGCAGCUGCCAGACACGAAGAUCGGCUCCUUCAUGAUCAGAGAGAGUGAGACCAAGAAAGGUUUCUAUUCACUCUCGGUGAGACACCGGCAGGUGAAGCAUUACCGUAUCUUCCGCCUGCCAAACAACUGGUAUUACAUUUCCCCGAGGCUCACCUUCCAGUGCCUGGAGGAUCUCGUGAACCACUAUUCCGAGGUGGCUGAUGGCCUCUGCUGUGUGCUGACCACACCCUGCCUCACUCAGAGCACGACCACCCCGGCAGUGAGGGCACCUGCCUCGCCUGUCACCUUGCGCCAGAAGACCUUCGACUGGAAGAGGGUGUCCAGACUACAGCAGGACCCAGAGGGGGCAGAGAAUCCACUGGGCGUGGAUGAGUCUCUUUUCAGCUACGGCCUUCGGGAAAGCAUCGCCUCCUACCUCUCCCUGACCAGUGACGACAGCACCUCCUUUGACCGAAAGAAGAAAAGCCUCUCCUUGAUGUACAGCGGAAGCAAGAGGAAGAGUUUCUUCUCGCCUCCACCGUACUUUGAAGACUAGCCCGACAGCAGACACCAUGGUGUGUGCCCAAAAGGAACAGAGGCUAGAACUGUCACCUGGGGUCUUACAGAGAGGCAGGUCCCCUGGUCCCUGGGGAACCUCACGUCUCCCAGAAGCCAAGAGAAGCCACGUGGAGACUUGACCUCGCAUCUUCUCUAUCCACACCAUGACAAAGGGAACCCAUCCCUGGUGUCUGAUCAGUACAGGACAUCACGCAAUGUUGACUCAUGAUGCGAUCAGGCAACAUUUCAGAAGAACCCUGUGUGUGUGUGUGUGCUUGUCGUGUUUGUGGGAAAGACAGACACUCUCUCACAAGGAAGUACACGAGGACCAUUCUCCAACAAACCGUCCAGAUGGUCACACGCUGAGGCCAUUAGAGAGAACUUCGGAACGAAAGAAGCCUGAGAAGAUGACCCAAAAGCGGUGGCCUGGCAGAAGGUCCUGGUUUGCAGAUUGGUCCCCUGCAUUGACCUUUUUUAACCAAUCCCUAAAGAGAUCUUUGGUACGCAGCUCCUGUCUUUUUAAGGGAACUCAGUGACACUAAACAUUAACCUUCCUUAUUAGCCCGGAAUCAGGAGAUCCUUUUGGCCUGCCAGUACCCAGACCACAUGUGCAGAGAUUGGAUGGCCUCCGUCCUUCUAUAGAGGGCAAGGCAACCGGGAGAAGGAGAAGCUGCUGGUAGGGAGAGCAAGAGAAUGGCCUGGAACGGUGCGAACUUUCACCCUGUCCCCAGCCAUGGCUUUGCAGCACAGAAAGCGCAUCUCUGGCACGCUGAGAUUCUUGCCUAUAUUAAUGCAUCAGUUAUUCAUUCAUGAUUGCCUGCAGAGGCCCUCUGUUAAGACCCAUGUAAGAUAUCAGGUCAAAAAAAGAAAAAGAGAUGAAUAGGCCCCAGACCCCAGUAGAGGUGCUCACAGUGUAAUCAGGCAGAAAAGUGUGUAAACAAUAAUGAAAAUGGGGUGUAAAAGGAGAAAUCAGGUCCUGGUUUUUGGUAGGAUUGGGGUCAGGUGAGGAGGACCCAGGACCCCCUGUUCCAGCUGGACCUUUAGAGAGUUGGCUGGAUUAAGUAGGUGAGAAUGCCUGGAUUUUUUUGAAAAAAGGAAAUCGAUAAGUUCUAAAGAGUUAAUUUAUCCAGUAUUUUAUUCCAAAAGGGUUUGGCAUCCACAUGAAUAAAAAUGCUGAGCUCCAGGAAAGAUGGGAUUAAGAGUGGCUUAAUUGUGCCAUACAUCAUUUUAAGAGAUGAGAGAGAAAACACAGUAAAGAUCUAAAGAAGACGAAUUUAUCUCCAGGCCACGAAUCCGGAUCCUGUAGGAAGGGGUCCGGGAUGCAUCCGUGACUCAUUUUCUCCUGUUGCAAAGGGAUUCAGGGGGAUAGGGGUGCACGCAGUGCCUCUCGCUGCCCCAUAUGAGGAGUCUGUUUACCAUACGCAUUCCGUAGAUCUGAGAUCGUGUGCUUGUGUGUGUGCAUAUGCGCUGACAUGAUUUUCUGUAUCAUCACAUUCCAGUGUGUUUAUACCAGAAGACAUUUGUGGUUUCCUCAACAAUCCCAAAGGGCUGUUUCAAACGAGCAGCCAACGUAUGGGAAAUGAAUGUAUCACUGUGGACAUUGACUCCCACCAUAAGGCUGGGUGACGUCGCCACUCUAGAUGUCUGUACAGCGUCUUAUGUAUUGUUUUCCGUUGUGACUAACGUGGUUAGGACAUUUGGGGAGUACUCAGAGGGAUUUCUAAGUGGGAAGCAUUACACUUUGCUAAAUCAUGUAUUUAUUCCUGAUUAAAAUAAACCUACUACAUAUUUAA